AAUCCAACGUAGCAUAUCUAUUCAAAGCCUCAUAGGCUCAGCCGAUGCCACACCUUCCCUUGUGGCCAUGGAACCGCACGCCGAUGAGGUAGUGUUCGACGGCCCGUACUUCCGCAUCUACAAGAACGGGAAGGUAGACCGCCUCCACCGGCCACUUCUCGUUGCCGCGGGCGUCGACGAUGCCACCGGCGUCGUCUCCAAGGACGUCGUCCUCGACGCCGGGACAGGACUGUUCGUUCGCGUCUUCCUGCCCAAGGUGCAAGACCAAGAAACCGGCAAAAAGCUUCCUGUCCUCGUGUACUUCCACGGCGGCGGAUUCAUCAUCGAGUCCGCUGACUCCGCCACGUACCACAACUACCUCAACUCCGUCGCCGCCGCGGCCGGCGUGCUUGUGGUGUCCGUCAACUACCGGUUAGCCCCUGAAAACCCGCUGCCUGCAGGAUACGACGAUUCUUGGGCGGCGCUCCAGUGGGCGGUGUCCGCGCAGGACGACUGGAUCGCCGAGCACGGCGACACGGAGCGCGUCUUCGUCGCCGGCGACAGCGCCGGAGGCAACAUCGUGCACGAGAUGCUCCUGAGGGCCUCCUCGAACAAAGGGCCGAGGAUAGAGGGCGCGAUCGUGCUCCACCCGUUCUUCGGCGGGAGCACGGCCAUCGACGGCGAGUCCGACGACGCGGUCCCCAAGGGCUCCAAGCUGUGGGCGGUCGCGUGCCCGGGCGCAGCGAACGGCGUGGACGACCCGAGGAUGAACCCGACGGCGCCUGCAGGCGCGCCGGCACUGGAGAAGCUCGGGUGCGAGCGGCUGCUCGUGUGCACGGCGCAGGAGGACUGGCUGGUGGCGAGGGGCCGCGCGUACUACGGCGCCGUGGCCGCGAGCGCGUGGCGCGGGAGCGCGGCGUGGCACGAGACAGAGGGAGAGGGGCACGUCUUCUUCCUUCGCGAUCCGGGGUGCGACAAGGCCAAGCAGCUCUUGGACCGCGUCGUGGCGUUCAUAUCCGGCGCAUGAGCUGCAUGCUCUUCAUCUGCAUAUGCUUUCCGGUUGCAGCUGUGCCUUCAUUGAAACAAAAUAAAUGGUUCUAUUAUUUUUUUUUUGGGGGACGGGAAUAUGAAUUUCGCAUUUGCAUUCGCUGCUACGUUCUUGGAAGAAAUAUUUUAUCGCGUGUAUGUUCUUCCAUUGGACUGGUGGUUUCCGUUGCUCUGAGCCUCGGUCCAAGCCGACCGCGAUGUAAUGUUGUCAUGUUGCAUUCGGUGGUAGCAACGUUCCGUUUGGUUUUUUUCUCCUGGACCUGGUAACUACUUUCUCAGUCCAAAAUAUUUGUUUUUUAUUUUUUUCUAAUACUAUUUGCAUUGAAGGUGGAAGAAAAAGAUACAUGAGAAGAUAUCCCCAUGAGAUAUUAGAUACACGAGGAAACUGUUAGAGAUAUUGUAUUGUAUCCGGUUCGAUUUCCCUAAUCCUAUCCCGAUUAUGUUUUUAUAAGUCGGUUAUAUAGAUAAGGAUGUACUGUCCCUAUAUGUACUCGUGUCCGUGAUCAAUCUAAUUAUCGCGGUGACUCACAUA